AUGUCCCUGUGCACCAAGUCCUGGGAGAUAACGGUUACAUUCAACAUCAAUAACAGCAUUCCACCCUCGGCUGAAGACGACACACAAGAAGGGCAGAAACCGGAUGAGCAGGAGCCUGAACUUACAUCAACUCCAAACUUUGUUGUGGAAGUAAUAAAGGAUGACACAAAGCAGACCCUUGUUCUGGACUGCCAUUACCCUGAGGAUGAGAUUGGCCAUGAAGGAGAGGAGGAAAGCGAUAUUUUCACGAUUCGGGAGGUCAGUUUCCAGCCCACUGGAGAGUCCGACUGGAAGGACACCAACUACACCCUCAACACGGAUUCCCUGGACUGGGCUCUCUAUGAUCACUUGAUGGAUUUCCUGGCUGACAGAGGAGUGGACAACACAUUUGCUGACGAGUUAAUAGAGCUCAGCACUGCACUGGAGCACCAGGAGUACAUUAAAUUCCUUGAAGACCUUAAAAGCUUUGUCAAAUGCCAGUAGGGUAGGCUAGGAAACUUAUUUUCAAGUGUGGGUAUACCACAGUGCUGCUUCAUCCAGCAAUGCCCAAAUGUAUCUUCACAGUGGAUACAGAGAGUAAGUAAGUUGGAAUGUAGAGAAUGGGAGAAUGAGGAUUCUCACUUGUAUUUGGGGAUUUGUAUUUAUGUUGCAGCCCAGAUCAAGUUCACUGAUGUCACAGUCUGGAAUUGCCUUGCCCUGCGUGGUGGGUUUUGUACAAUUAGGAAUGAAUGUGAAGAAUAAAAACUGUUCAACAUAUCACUGAAAA